GUCGUCCCUUUCUCUAGGGCCACACAAGGGGGUGACCAGUACACCCUCCGGUAUGGACAUCAGAUCGUUGUCAAAGGGAUGUUUCUUCAGUCCUGUGGAACCAGGUUUGAUGUGAACCUUAAGAUGGGCUUCAGUGACAAUGACAUUGCCUUCCACUUCAACCCUCGGUUUGAAGAUGGCGGGUAUGUGGCUUGUAACACCACGCAGAAAGGACAGUGGGGGCCAGAAGAGAGGUUGCUGCUCAAUCCCUUCCAGAUGGGAAUUCCUUUUGAGAUCAGCUUCCUGGUGGAGAACUCUGGAUUCCAGGUGACGGUGGAUGGAAAGGAGUUUACGAAGUACACACACCUCGUGCCCUUCCACUGCGUGGACACCAUCUCCUUUACUGGUGGUGUGGAGGUGAAACAUAUCAGCAUCGAGGUUAGAUUGUCCAUCUGGUACUUGUCCCACUGGCUAGGUACAGGGUUUAUGCCUAGGCCCUGUUGGGUUGGUCCAAAUGUUCCAGGGUUCUCUCAUUAGGGUGACUCUAGGGUCACACCUUUGGCUCACCCAUCACACUCUUCCUGUGUCACUAUCUCUGUCCAGAGCACCUGCCUCAGCGUGACUCCCUCCCCUCUUGCCUGUACCUCUCUACUCCCACCCUGGUUAGAAAG